AUUGGAGGACCGAAGCGGAGUAGGCGGAACUAAUAACGGCGGGACCGGGGGAGGAGGCGAAGGAGAAUGCUGCUGAGCGAGGCUGGCAAGGGAAGAACGGCGGCUGAUCGUAAAUCGUGGUGAUAUUGGGGACUGGGGCGCCAACAAUUGGUUUUUCUGAUUCUUGGACGAGCUCGGAAUCUUGCGAGUCACCGGCGAGUUAAGUAUCGUGGCACGAGGAUCAUGUCCAGGCUGGGGCGUGCUCGAAGGUGACGGCGAAGAGGCUGCCGUCGGCGCCGCAGCAGUCAGUGGGCUUGGACGUUUCUUCAUCAGUUUUCCUGGGAUUGCCGCUCCACGCAGUGGAAUAGACGGCGGGGGACUGCGAGCACCCCAUGGCCGACGCGAUCCGAGUUUCGCACGGGCGUCGGCCACUGAGGAGAACGGCAAGUCCAGGCGUGACCCGAACGUCGGCGUGCCGCAUCGACUGCCGGCCCUCUCUGCGAGGAUCUCGAGCGGAGGAUCGCUCUGUUUCUCGUCUCUGGGUUUGGAGUCGAAGAACGCCGAGCCGCUCCCAGCACGAGCCCGGCGUUGCGCAGGUAUCGGGACAGCGACUGGCACAGCCACGAUGUGACCGAAGAGCCAUCCAGGUGGCCGAUUCACGCGCACAACUUGCCAGCCGGCCGAUAGCGCUAGGGCUACUAUCUCCCUCAGAGUCCGCUCCUUGCCGUUGAACAUCACUUGCAUC